AUGGCACUGCUCCAUUCCAUGCUGCUACAACUGGGGCUGUUUCUCUACCUUGGACUACCCUUUUCUUCUGCCAUCUCUACAAAUUCUAGUGACAACUGCAUGAUCUUUGACAAGGCCUUUACCAGUCACAACCCAGGCAUCAAAACCAACCCAAGUGUCUUUGGAAGCAACACAAGCUACACAGUAUGGGUUCCUGUGAAUAGCAAUGUCAGCACUGUGCUCCUGCAGGCCCUGGACAAGAACCACAACCCGGUGGGCACCUGGCAGGAAGCCCACGAGGAAUGCAACAAUGGCAAUGGUGUCCUGUAUCAUGUGACUUACCUAAACAGCUCAUUCCUCCAGGUCCACUGGAUAGUUCCUAAUUCUGAGGACAUAACUGGAGUGGAGCUGCAAGCCUUCAUUGUCAAUCUCAACCGCACUGCUACAUUUUCUUCUGUGAAACUGGGAAAUAAAGAAACAACCACAACCUUGACCUCCACCACCAGCACUUUCAGAACCAAUCCGACCACAACCAAAACCACCCGGACCCCAGCCAAGACUACAUCAACCCCUGCAACGACCACACCCAGUAGCUUGGCUGUCACAGCUUUCAGCAGCCCCAUUGUGGGUGCUAUUCAUAUCCUGCUCAUUUUUCUUACCAGCAACCUCCUCUUCUAA